AUGGCGCAAGGAACAGGAUCUUCUUCCGUCACCCGCAGAUGGAGCUAUGAUGUGUUUCUUAGCUUUCGGGGGAAAGAUACUCGCCUGACUUUCGUCGGUCAUCUCUAUGAGGCUCUUCGUCAAAGAGGGAUUCGGACGUUCAUUGAUGAUGAAUCCCUUGAUGCAGGCAAAGAAAUCCGACCAUCUCUUUUUGAAGCCAUCAAGGAAUCCAGGAUAGCCAUCAUAAUUUUCUCCCAAAAUUAUGCAACCUCAACUUUUUGUCUGGAUGAACUUGUCCAGAUUAUUGAGUGUUUCAAAGAAGAAAGUCGGAUGGUAUAUUCAGUGUUUUAUCAUGUGGAUCCAUCGGAUGUGCGACAUCAGAGAGGGAAUUACGGACAAGCUUUGGCUGAUCUACAAAAGAGAUUGGAAGGAAACGAUGAGAAGUUGCAGAAGUGGAGGUGGGCUUUGUCCCAAGCAGCUGACUUGUCAGGCUGGCAUUUUCAACCUGGAAUUACAAAAGAACAGGAGCAUAUUAAGAUGAUUACUCGCAAAGUCUCUGCCAAGGUUAAUCGCACUCAUUUAAAUGUUACCAAUUAUCCAGUUGGUCUUGGGUUACGAGUGCAAGAAGUAAUCUCACUUUUAAAUCUUUGGUCCAAUGAAGAAGCGGAGAUGGUUGGAAUUUGUGGCAUUGGUGGAAUAGGUAAAUCAACAAUAGCAAGGGCUGUGUAUAAUUCAGUUGCUGAUAAUUUUGAUGGUUUAUGUUUUCUUUCUAAUGUUAGAGAAAUUUCUAACAAGCAUGGCUUGCCCCACCUUCAAGAGAUGUUACUCUAUAAAUUGGUGGGGGAGAAGAAACUCAGAUUGGGUGAUUUCAAUGAAGGAAUUCCAAUAAUAAAAAAUAGGCUCCAAAACAAGAAGAUUCUUUUAAUUCUUGAUGACGUUGAUGAAGUGGAGCAAUUAUGGGCAUUAGCUGGAAGCUGUGAGUGGUUUGGCCUUGGAAGUAGAAUUAUUAUCACGACAAGGGAUAAACAAUUACUAGCAAGUCUUGGAAUUCAAAAAAUUUAUUAUGUCGAGGUACUAAAUGCUGAUGACUCUCUUCAGUUAAUUGAAAGGCAUGCCUUUAAAAACCUUACGGGGGAUAUAGAUCAUUACAAGGAUGUUUUGAAUCGUGCCAUAAAAUAUUCAGGUGGCCUUCCAUUAGCCUUGAUAAUGAUUGGCUCUAACUUAUGUGAUAAAAAACCUGAUGAUUGGACUUCUGCAUUAAAUGUUUAUGAAAGAAUACCUAGUAAAAAUAUUUUUGAAGUCCUUAAAGUAAGCUAUGAUGCUUUAAGCGAAGAAGAAGACAAGGAAAUUUUUCUUGACUUGGCUUGUUUCUUUAAUGGUGAGAAGAAGGACGACGUCAUGAAUAUGAUGAUGAGUUUUCGUGGUGGUGAACCAACACAUGCUAUUAACGUGUUGACGGAUAAAUCUCUAAUAAAGAUAGAAAAAGAUCGUGUGACAAUGCAUGACUUGAUUGAAGAUAUGGGUAAAGAAAUUGUUCGGCAACAAUCACGACAAGAGCCCGGUAAACGCAACAGGUUAUGGUGUUAUGAAGACAUUCUUGAUGUCCUGCAAAAUAACACAGGUACUGAUGAAACUGAAGUCAUAAUUCUUGACUUACCCAAAGAUAAAGAAAUCCACUGGAAUGGUGAGGCAUUCAUGAAGAUGAAGAAGCUCAAAGUGCUUGUCAUAAAGAAUGCAAGCUUUUCUGAAGGCAUCAAAUAUCUCCCAAAUAGUCUCUGCGUGUUGGAAUGGAAGGGGUACCCUUUUAAGUUUUUUCCAUCUGAUUUUCAUCCAACAAAACUCGUCCAUCUUGAUUUGUCCAAUAGUUGUGUAGUGCUCCAACCUUUGAAUAAGAAAUUGGAGAGUUUAAGUCGCAUGAAUUUUAGCAACUGUAAAUCCCUGAGCCAAAUACCAAAAAUGUCAGGAGUUCCUAAUUUAAGAGAAUUGCGGCUUGAUGGUUGUACAAACUUAAUUGAAAUCCACGAUUCACUUGGAUUCUUGGAUAAACUUGAAAAGCUGAGUGCUAUGCGAUGCAAAAGCUUGAGGACUUUGCCCCCUAUUGUUAAGCUGAUAGCGCUUGAACAUCUAAAUCUCUUUGGUUGUUCAAGUCUUCAAAGUUUUCCGGAGAUAUCAGAAGAGAUGAAGAAUUUGAAGACACUUGAUUUGGAGAGUACGGCAAUUGCAAGAUUGCCAUCUUCAAUCUGCAACCUUGUUGGGCUUGAAAGCUUAAACAUGGAAGCGUGUCCUAAUCUUGAGCAAUUACCAGCUAGUAUUUGUACGUUGCCAAACCUAUUGGACCUAACAACAAGUUUUUGUGAAGAGAUGAAGCAUUUUAAGAAAUGCAAUGGUGGAAAAGAAGCAAGCUCAGACUGCUCAAUCAUUUUAACCAAAGGAAAAGAAAAAGAAGACAACUCAACCGUGUCUUCGAGAAAAUAUUUCCGUUUCUCAAAUUGCAACUUAACAAAUGGCUCUCUUGCUCUCUGUCUCUCUUGUAUUCCUGACAUUAAAAUUGAUAGGAUGCCCCCAAAAUUGGAAACAUUCAGUGCCAUGGGUUGCACGUCUUUGUCUAAGUCAUCAAGGAAAAGAGUACUGAAUCAGGCAUUCUACUUUGGAAAUGGGAAAAGAAACUUUAUUUUGCCUGGAAAAAGAUUCCCUCAAUGGCUUGACUAUUAUAGUCGAGGAAGCUCCAUGUCUUUUUGGAUUCGUGAAAGGUUCCCAAAAAUUGCUCUUUGGUUGCUUGUUGAAAAUGACCAAGUUGAUCCUUACAAAUGUGCAUUCUCAGUGCACAUCAAUGACACCAAGUUAGAUAUUUCUUCUGAGUGGCUUUCACUAUCAAUUAUACUGGCCAAUCAUAUAUACAUAUGUGACAUGGGAAGCAUAAUUAAGAAGGUUGAACUCCCUCUUGCAAAUAGAUGGAAUCAUGUGAAGGUUUCAAUCAAGAGCAAUGCAGGAGAAAUAAAGUUGGAAAAGGAAAUUUCUAUGGCAGUUCAUGUGUAUAAGCAACAAAAUGACUUGGAAGAUAUCCGAUUCAGGGACCCGAGAACACACCUCGAUUGCAACGCAUGGCAAAAAGUACAACAACCACCUCAAGAUCAGGAAGAGCUUGAAGAUGAAAUGAAUGAGGAUUCAAAUUCAACCAAAGUCGCAGAAGCAGAACCCAUGACUACUAACCUUAUGGGUGGAACAUUUGAUUGGCUGGUGCAAGGAGCAAAAACCUCUUCUGUCGCCCGCAUGUGGACUUUUGAUGUGUAUGUUAGCUUUCGAGGUGCAGAUACUCGCUUUGGUUUCAUUGCUCAUCUUUACGAAUCUCUUCGUCAAAGCGGGAUUCGUCCCUUCAUUGAUGACAAAUACCUCCCCGCAAGUGAAGAAAUCCAACCAUCUCUUUCCAAAGCCAUCAAGGAAUCUAGGAUGGCCAUAAUAGUUUUCUCCAAAACCUAUGCAGCCUCAACCACCUGUCUGGAUGAACUUGCCCAGAUUAUUGAGUAUUUCAAAGAAGAAAAUCGGCGGGUAUAUUCAGUGUUUUAUGAUGUGGAUCCAUCAGAGGUGCGGCAUCAGACAGGGCGCUAUGGACAAGAUCUUGCUAAUUUGCAAAACAGAUUGGGAAUAAAUGAUGAGAGGUUACAGAAAUGGAGGAGGGCUUUGUCUCAAGCAGCUGAUUUAUCAGGCUGGCGUUAUCAACCUGGGUCAAGAAAGAGUACAAUAGAAAAUCCUAUGCUGGAGAAUUAA